GGGGCGGCGGCCGGGAUGGAGGGCGGCGCGGCGGCGGCGCUGAUCCGCGAGGGCUGGUUCCGCGAGACGUGCCGGCUGUGGCCGGGGCAGGCCAUGUCGCUGCAGGUGGAGGAGCUGCUGCACCACCAGCGCUCCCGCUACCAGGAGAUCCUCGUCUUCCGCAGCACCACCUACGGCAACGUGCUGGUCCUGGACGGCGUGAUCCAGUGCACGGAGCGCGACGAGUUCUCCUACCAGGAGAUGAUCGCCAACCUGCCCCUGUGCAGCCACCCCGACCCCCGCAAGGUGCUCAUCAUCGGCGGCGGCGACGGGGGAGUGCUGCGGGAGGUGGUGAAGCACCCCGCCGUGGAGUCCGUGGUGCAGUGCGAGAUCGACGAGGAUGUGAUCCAGGUAUCUAAGAAAUAUCUCCCAGGGAUGGCAGUAGGCUAUUCCAGUGCUAAGCUGACCUUGCACGUGGGAGAUGGUUUUGAGUUCAUGAAACAAAAUCAAGAAGCCUUUGAUGUGAUUAUCACAGACUCAUCUGACCCCAUGGGUCCUGCAGAAAGCUUAUUCAAAGAAUCCUACUACCAGCUGAUGAAGACAGCUCUGCGAGAAGAUGGGAUUCUCUGCUGCCAAGGUGAGUGCCAGUGGCUGCACCUGGAUCUCAUUAAGGAGAUGCGUCAGUUCUGCAAGUCUCUGUUUCCCGUGGUAGAAUACGCCUAUUGUACCAUCCCCACAUAUCCCAGCGGGCAGAUUGGCUUCAUGCUGUGCAGCAAGAACCCGAACACAAAUUUCCGGGAGCCUGUGCAGCAGCUCUCACAGCAACAAGUGGAAGAGAGGAAUCUGAAAUACUACAAUUCUGACAUCCAUCGAGCAGCUUUCAUCCUGCCAGAGUUUGCACGGAAGGCCCUGAGUGAUGUGUGAGACUUGAGAAGCUGCUUUCUCCCUUCAAGCUGGAUCCUGAGAUCAUCAGUGAUGUGGUGGGGACUUUCCCAGCAGACUGCAGAUUUGCUCCCCACUGUGCAGGAUUAACCCUUUGCCAGCCAACAUUCCUUUUGAUGAUGUGUGAAAGAUGACGGGGCAUAAGCCACAUAAGACUAUUGAAAAGCUCCAGUGACUUAUUGUGUGGGGUCAAAACUGUUCUUUCCAGUGCCGGAAACGUAAGAUGUCUUUUCUUCCGUUCUCUUCUCCUCUCCUCUCUACCCCCAUUCCAUAUCCCCUCUCCCUCUUUCCCUCCUCCCCACAGCUGACAUGGUAUAUUUAUAACUGACAUGCAUUUGUGUCUGGCGAUCUUCUAAAACUUGGGAGGAGUCCAGAAGUUUCACUAACUUGGCCUUAAACACAGAGAACAAGAGCUUUAUGUGAAAAGUUAGCCUGCUCUCUCCCAACGGGAGCUCCCUGCUGCUGAGGUGUUUUAACUGGUAACAGGUCUGAGCCUUCACGUCCCACUGCCUUUCUGUGCCACCUGUACCGCUCUGCAGCACAGCUGGAGAAGUCACAGUGCAAACUGUUGUCAUUCACAACAGGUCUCCCUCCAAUCCUGAUGGAGCAGCAGUAUUAAACGUGAGCCAGACAGGCUGGCAGCAAAGUUAUGUGGCUUUUUUUUUAAUUGGUUGGAAACAGAAGUGCUGAGGUACUAACAGGCUGACUCCUGUUCUUACCCUUGCCAUCAGAGUGGUUCAAAAGAAGGUUUAUCAAUACAGUGAUAGGCGCUUUAUAUAUAUAUAAAUAUAUAUAUGUAUAUAUAUUAAAAAAAAAUUAGAUCCAAUGCCUGCUGUACAGUACUGAUGAAGGGGAGUCAGUUGCUCUGACAAGUCUUUGAUGUCAAUCAUGCUGAGAUGCCUCAGGCCUGGGUAUUUUCUAGUUCUUAAGAGGCGUCAUUAUUUCCAAUGCUGCUCCCAGGCCUGGGUAUUUGCUAGUCCUUAAGAGGUGUCAUUAUUUCCAGUGCUGCUCCUAGAACCCCCAGAUGUGUACGUCAUUUUUCACUGUACUCUGUUGUGAGAUGGAUCUGCCUCCACCUCUUCACUUUUGUUUUAAAGACUCCAUGCCAUGGCAGUGGGUAUCUUCCCAGCACAACCACUGCAGUUGUCACUCCAUUGCACUCAAUUAAACACUCGGCUCUGGUUAAGGUGUCAUCAGUGUGGGUCAGUGUGCUUCUUUGGGGGAGGAGGGGGAUGGAAAUGGAGAUCCUGAAUGUCUGCUGCGUUUGUCAGAAGACAUCCAGGGGCACUCUCUAGGUGGUCUGACUUCCUCUCUCCCUUGUCUCUAGGGAUGACAAACAUCAUCAAAAAUAAACUCUGAAGAGUGAUCCA